AUGAUGGUGGUUUUUAAAUUAUUAAUAAUUUUAUCAUUAAUAUCAAUUAUUAAUUGUAAAGAACAAUUAUAUCAAAGAUAUAGAUCACCAUUUCCAUAUUAUAGUAAAAAACAUGUAGAUAGAAAACAACAAGAACAAGAACAACACUUUGUUUCUAAUGAUCCACCACCACCACCACCACCAUAUCAAGAACUUUUUUUUUUACAAACAUUAGAUCAUUUUAAUUUUCAAUCAAAAGGUGAAUUUGCACAAAGAUAUUUAGUAUCAGAUGUUUAUUGGAAAAAACCAUCACCAAAUGAUAAAGUAUGUCAAGGACCAAUACUUUUCUAUACAGGUAAUGAAGGUGAUAUAACAUUGUUCUAUGAUAAUUCACAAUUUGUAACCAAUGUAUUAGCACAAGAAAUGAAUGCAUUAUUAAUUUUUGCUGAACAUCGUUACUAUGGUGAAUCAUUACCAUUUGGUAAUGACUCAUGGACAUCUGAUAAUAUUGGAUAUUUAACAAGUGAGCAAGCAUUGGCAGACUAUGCACAAUUGAUACCAGCUGUUUUGUCAGAGAUGGGUGCAGAGCAUUGUCCAGUACUUUCAGUGGGUGGCUCAUAUGGUGGUAUGCUAACUGCAUGGUUUAGAAUGAAAUAUCCAAACAUUGUCGAUGGUGCAUUGGCAGCAAGUGCACCAAUUCUUAGUUUUUUAAAUACUGGUGUAAAUCCAGAGACAUUCAAUAAGAUUGCCACUGAUGAUUUUAAAGACACAAGCUCUGAAGGCACAUGUGCAUCUCGUAUCAGAUCGGCUUUGAAUGAUAUCGUCACCAUUUCAACACAAUCCAAUGGUUUAGCACAAUUGAGUAAAACUUUCUCAGUUUGUGGUGCACCAUUGACCGAUGUUAAUGAUUUAAUCAAUUGGAUUGAGUCUGCUUUAACUUAUAUGGCCAUGGCAGACUACCCAUAUCCAGCAAACUUUUUAGAACCAAUGCCAGGUUACCCAAUCAAUGUAUCUUGUAGUGCUUUGGCUCAACAAGAAGACGAUAUUCAAGGACUCUUGGAGGUGUUACAUGUUUACUAUAACUACACUGGUCAAGCUGGUACUUGCUAUAACAUGUCUGUAUUUACCACUGGUGCAUUGGGUGAUGCAAGUUGGAAUUAUCAAGCAUGUACUGAAAUGGUUAUGCCUGUAAGUUCAGAUGGUGUAAAUGAUUUCUUCCCACCUUCACCAUUCUCUUUAUCUGAUUUAACUCAACAAUGCCAACAACAAUUUCAAACUACCCCAGAUCCAUAUUGGAUUACUACCUAUUAUGGUGGUAGUAAUUUCUCUGCCACUAAUAUCAUCUUUUCAAAUGGUGUACUCGAUGUUUGGAGAUCUGGUGGUAUUUUAGAAACUCGUUCAGAUUCAAUCGUUGCUCUUACCAUUGAAGGUGGUGCUCAUCAUUUAGAUCUUAGAUAUCCAAAUCCAUUAGAUCCACCUUCUGUCACUCAAGCUCGUGAAAUUGAAUCAAAAUUAUUACAACUUUGGGCAAGUGAAGCCUCUUUAUUAAAACAAAGAAAAUAA